CGAUUCAUCCGUUCUGUGCUCGCUCUAGCAUUUUCCUUCUUCCCCACGCGGCGUCGUCUCCCUUCGCUUCUGGCACGUCCGUCCCGCUCCACGACGCGUUCCGUCCCCCACCCAGCAACACAACACGCGGCGGGCUCAAAUCCUUGCGACCCCCACGCCAAUCGGAGCAGGGAGCCGGCGCCGAUCGAAUCGACCACCGGACCCCAAUCCCGAACCCCCGCCGGGAAAUCAGGUCCUCCUCCAAUCCUUCGCGACGCCGGCCGGGGAGGCGAGAGCGCGACGAUGUCGGGGGCCGGGGACUAUCAGGAGAUGGCGGCGUCGGUGCCGCCGUCGCUGAAGGCCAUCACGCUGACGCACGUCCGGUACCGCCCGGGCGACCCGCUGGGCCUCUUCCUCGCGUGGGUCUCCCUCAUCCCGGUCUUCAUCAGCCUCGGCGGGUUCGUCUCCCACUUCCUCUUCCGCCGGGAGCUCCAGGGUCUCUGCUUCGCCGCGGGGCUCCUCGUCUCGCAGGCCCUCAACGAGCUCAUCAAGCACUCCGUCGCGCAGUCCCGCCCGGCGUACUGCGAGCUCCUCGAGGCCUGCGACUCCCACGGGUGGCCGUCCAGCCACUCGCAAUACACGUUCUUCUUCGCCACCUACCUCUCGCUGCUCUCGCUCCGCCGGUCGCGCGCGCGCCGGGUGAUCGCCGCCGUGCCGUGGCCGCUAGCCUUCCUCACCAUGGUGUCCAGGGUGUACCUAGGGUAUCACACCGUCGCGCAGGUUUUCGCGGGAGCAGUAGUUGGCCUUGUCUUUGGUGCUAUCUGGUACUGGUUCAUCAACACCAUGCUUGUUGAUUACUUCCCGAUGAUUGAGGAGAGCGCGAUUGGGAGGUGGCUGUACAUCAAGGAUACGUCUCAUAUUCCAGAUGUGCUUAAGUUUGAGUAUGAUAAUGCAAGGGCAGCAAGGAAGAAAGUUGCUACUGAUUGAGCUUGUUGUGUCCCCAGAUUUCAUUUUGCUCACAGUGAUUAUAAGAAUGUGUGCGGCAUGUUAUUUGCUUCAGUUGCUGCACACAGACACAUGUAGAAGAAAUGUCUAUUACAGCUUGGCAUUUUGCUUUUCUUGGGCAUAUGUUAAUCACUGCUCAGUCAUUUUGUUUCUCGUAAUGGCAGUUUGAUCAUGACUUGACAAUUGCUUACAUUUAGAAAAUGACAUGUGAACAAUACGUGAAUUCAUUUCCAGCGUCCAGAUAAUCUUUCGUUGUGGUUAUCUGUAUGUGUAAGAUAACUGCAAUGUGUUGCAUUCUAUGCUGUUGAAACAUGAAUACAUGUAUGAUGUAUGCCAAUUA